CAAACAUCGAGCUAAUAAGCAUAUACCCUAAUUACAGUAAUGUAUUGUUUCGAUUACCGGCGAAAUUAUGCCAACGAAAAAUAUUGUCAAUUAAUCAAAUUUACCUUUUUUAUCGAGCCAAUAGGACGCGCAUAUGUGUAAAUGCCAUCUCGGUCUGGGAUACAAGAAAGUAAUUGUUUGGCGCUGAUAAGGGAUAUUUCAGAUCCCCUUCACAACCACUAGGCAAACAGAGCCAGAUAUACUUAUUUGCUGUCAGUAUAUUCGUUGUAUCAAUGAAGUAAACACUAAAAUCGUUUAAAAUGUACCAUAAGGCCUUUAUCAUACUGAUACUGUGUAGUUUGUACCCUGUGAAUUCGGAGGUAGAGAAUAUUUGUGACUCGGAUGUAUGUGCUCAAGUAUGUGAACCAACAGAGAAUUCUUUCAAAUGUAGCUGCUUCAAAGGUUACAUAUUAAUGGAAGAUGGAAUAUCAUGCAAACCACAAAAAAGGGCAUUAAAGAAAGGUGGGAGGUGUGAGCAGAACAACCCAUGCGAUCAUGAUUGUACUGAUACAGGAACAGCCAUAAAAUGCUCUUGUAGACAAGGCUACAAAUUAGGGGAAGACGAAAGGACAUGUAAAGAUAUCGAUGAAUGUGCUAUGCAUAUCCACGAAUGUACGGCCGCAGAAGAAUGUAUCAACGAAGUCGGCUCAUACUCGUGCUACGAUGCUUCUGAAGUUUUAGGAGAGAACGAAGACACCGAUUUCGACAAAAAGUGUCCACCUGGCUACAAGUUUGACUUGGAAAAGGAAACGUGUGAUGAUAUCAAUGAAUGUCAAUUUGAACUUAUGUGUGUGCAACCAAAAUCUUGUAAAAACACGAUAGGCUCCUUCAUUUGCGAAGAGGAUACGCCCCAAUGUCCUCCAGGAUUUUACUACAAAACAGAAACGAAGCACUGUGAAGAUAUCGACGAAUGCAAAGGAGAUGAACAAUUGUGCAAAGAAAACGAGAAAUGUCUGAAUCAACCUGGAGGCUAUACGUGUAUCAAGAUAACAACAACCACUGAGGCUCCAACAACAACAACCCAGGCCACCACGACCACGACAAAGAGGCCUCCAGUUAAGUGCCCUGUGGGAUACAAAUUCGUGGAGGAGAGAUACGCUUGUGAAGAUAUAAACGAAUGCUCAACCGGAAUGCAUACUUGUGAUGUGGCAGAAAGAUGCGACAACACCAUUGGUUCCUAUCACUGCUCAAGAAUAUACGGAUGUGGAACAGGCUAUACUUUGAACCUCCAUAACGGUCUUUGCGAAGAUCACGAUGAGUGUCAGUUGGGUACCCACAACUGCAAUAAUUUGGGCCCCAACUUCAGAUGCAGAAACAUCGCUGGAUCCUACAGAUGCGAACCAGUCAGGUUAAGGCCUUCGGGUAACACAACUACAACAUCUACAUCUACCAAACCCACUACAAAGAUAACCACAAGCACCACAAAUCCAACACCAUCAACAACAAGCACUACAACCACAACAGAGAGCAUAGGAAUGACUUCCUCCAAAGCUCACUUCCAACCUUCUGUCUUCAGACAAUACCCCCAGAUACCUCCUAGGCCAGUUUACCCGCAGUACCCACAACCAGUUCCUCCAAUACCCCCCAGACCGGUUUACCACCCGACCCCUGUGGUCACUCCUCAAAGGCCCGUCUACCCUCAAUCUACACCUUCUACAUAUCCGAGUACAACCCGGUCUUCUUCACAGACGUUUCCGUCGAUAGUUUUUCAACCUCCUCCAAGUACGCCCUCCGUACUUCCAAAGUACGUUCCAAGACAGUCGGUGCCAGUGCCCAUUCCCAGUAGGCCAGCUUCUCCUCAUCCAGUUACUCCAUACUAUAAUGUGAUCAGUGGCCAAAGCGUGAUCAGUGGACAACUGAAGAAGUGUCUCCGAGGAUACCGGAUGAAUUUGAAGGGAGAAUGUGAAGAUAUCAACGAAUGUGACAGUAAUCCAUGCAGUAAACAUGAAAAAUGCAUCAACUUCAACGGUGGGUUCCAAUGUGCCCCUCCAAUAAUCCAAUGUAAGAGAGGCAUGGAGUUGAACGAAGCAGGAGACCAAUGUGUUGAUAUUAACGAAUGCACAAGAAAUCUGCACAAAUGCAACCCAUCUCAAAUUUGCAAGAACUACCCAGGAUACUACACCUGUGAGUGUCCACCAGGGCAUCACCUGAAAGGAGAUAGAUGUGAGGAUAUUGACGAAUGCAAAAUUUUCAGACCAUGUGGCACAUAUGCGAACUGCAUCAACACUAAGGGCUCAUACAAAUGUGAAUGUAAGGAAGGAUUUAGAGAGACUAACAACAGUUGUGAAGAUAUUGACGAAUGUGCAGCAGAUUUUGGCUUGUGCGAGCACAAGUGCGUGAACACAUGGGGUUCCUAUAGGUGCAGUUGCAGUCCAGGUUUCACCUUGAAUGCAGACAACAGAACCUGCACAGAUGUGGAUGAAUGCGAAAGGUUCAAAGACAAGCGGCUAUGCAUUGGAACAUGUGUCAACAUUCCUGGUAGCUAUAAAUGCCAGUGUCCCAAAGGCUACAAGCUCGGAAGUGACAACAGGGUUUGCUUAGAUAUUGACGAAUGUGAGCAGAGCAACGUAUGUCUUUCAGAAGAAGUAUGUCUCAAUACUAGAGGAAGCUUCAAGUGUUACUCCAUUAAAUGCCCAGAAAACUAUAUCAAAGACGUUGAACACAAAGCGAGGUGCAAAAGAAUGCAAACGGCUUGUGACCCGAGAGAGUGGAACUGCCAGCUAAUGCCAGAACAGUACACCUACCAAUACAUAACCUUGGUGUCGAAUCUUCCACUGACACACGGAAAGAUCCAACUCUUCCAAAUCAAAGGACCCCAGUGGAACUUUACAAGAGCCGAAUUUUCGAUGAAGCUACUAGACGUCAUCUGCCCCUUUGGAGUUGAGAAAGUAAAUGACGUGUUUUUCCACAAAAUGACAGAUCAGCACACUAUGUCUCUGUACUUGGUUAGGUCCAUUCAAGGGCCACAAGAGAUCAAACUCCAGAUUGAAAUGAGAUUGUACAAAGGAAACGCCGUUCUUGGGAACGCUGUUGUGUAUAUCAUCAUUGUGGUAUCGGAGUAUCCAUUUUAGAUAGGACUGAGUAUGCCCCAGGGCAACUAACUACUUAUUGAGAAGCUGAAAAUUGAAACAAGCUGUCGGUUUACUCUAGCUGAUGUUUUGAAUAAUUUAUAUUUUGCAAACAUUUAUUGUAAAAAAGGUGAACCGUUCUGCACUAGUGUGAAGGAGACCGGUUUUGAAGAAGGAUAAGCAAAAUUUGACAUUUCUUAUUCAACAUUUUAGUGCAACAAAAAAUUAAUACCAAAUGUGUAAUCAGAAUCACAAUAAAUAGUAUCUCAAAGCCUGUGUCCAAAUUUCUUUAAAUUAUACAGCCGUGUACAGACCGAAAAUUUAACAUCAAGCAAACGAAUGCAAGCACUUGUGACGUUGGCGUUUGUUGUUGGAAGGUAUUGGACCACGUUGGGGUAAGUUCGGUGCUAACAAGACAAACGACUAGACUGUAAAGCGCAACAAAUCCUGUCCAGACUAAAUCAAACCUCCCUUUGAUGUACCGAUCAAGGAGCGAACGCAAUCGAACACCUACGCCGACAUUGGAAACCAAACCAAAUCUGUAACCACAUAUGCCUUGGCUUGCAUUGGAAUCUAGGUCUGUACGCGGCUUAACCGAUUUCCCGAGUAUUUUUUGUAGGAACUUGAAUUGCUUUUUGUGAUAUAUACGUAUCCGAUAAGUUGUCAUUUUAUCCUGGGACGCCUUGUAUUGUCCCAUCAGCUUGUUACAAUUUUUAUAGGUACAAAUAGGUUUUCGUAAUACAUGUAGAGGAGAUAGUUGUUAUUAUAGAUAAGCGUCAUUUUUGUAUACAAUAACAAUAUUGACAUUUUUCCAAGGUGCCAGACAGUGGUGGAUUCCUCGGUUAUUAUUCAAUUGUAUCACAAGUUGAAUUAGAGAUUAAUAUAUUGUUAUAUGUAUAGCAUUGUAAUAAAUACAAUGACAAUAAAUGACAUAACAUAGUUCUGAAUCAACUUAUAUUAUAGGUACUGAAACAGUUCCAGAAUACCCAUAAAAACAUUCCAUUUAUAAUAAUCAUUUUAAAAAAUGCAAACAUCAAACUUUAAUACCACUUAUAUUUUUAAUGGUAUGACUAUAUGGCAAUGAACGUACACACAUGGAAUGUCAUUUGGAAUCCAAAUAGUAAACGUGAUCUAACAUUAUGUAAAUAAUAUACUAAAGAAUAGUUGAAAAUAAUAGGGCAGAUGCUUUUCUCAAUCUCGAUUUUUUUACUUGGCGAACGACUUCAAUUUGCAGACGACUUCCUCUUCAGCGUUCUUCAUUUUUAAAUGGCCAAUACUCCCCACCACUUUUUUGAGCAGGUGAUUUCGAAUUAAUUAUAUGAAAAUAAUCUUAGAAAUAUCUCCCAGAUCCGCCCCUGAUGAUAUCCGCACCCUUCACUCAACUAGUCAGUUAACCGAUCCAAAUUCCACCUUUCACCUUCCAUCAUAAAAGAUAAUUUAUUCUAAGCUCAUAAAAAUACAAUGUUUAUCAGAGAUUAAUAACUAGAAAGUGAUCGAAAAAUUGUUUUAAAGUGUCAUCAAGGACGUCAAAUUUGUUUUAUUAUAUUACGUAUUCAAUAAAACGCCUAUAAUCAGAUUUAUCACCUGAGAACAGUCGAACAGAGUAUAUUUGUCUAUAAAUAAUACUUCAUUCUCAUUUGUCUGUCAUGUACAAGAAAAUGACUGAUAUGCUUAAAACCGGUCCUGUCACCAAAAUUUGAACGAAAGACACUCACUUGAUUGGUUGAAAUUACUUCUUUAAAAUUACAGUAUGGAUACCUAACGGCAAUAACGAAAAUUCGGCUUAUCUUUAUUGGCAAGACAUGUUUAAUCGUUUGGCAAUACAAGUAACUGUGUGGUAGAAUUUGAAAACGAUCACGUCCAUAUGUAUACAGGGUGACUUCGAAGUUGAGUCAUUUAUUUUAACAGUCAG